CAACAUAUAUCGCUCGACGAUGGACGUGUCAAGAUGAGCUGAAUUCGUGGUUUUACGUAAUGUACUGGCGUUCUGGGCGCAUUGAUCGUCACGAGUUUGAAAUGCGUAGUAUGCCGCAGAAACCUCUGUUCCACGCUGAACUCGUUCAAGCAGACAAUCGCGAGUGAAAGGGCAGAGACACCUGGCCGAGUCUUCUUCAGCCCUCAUCAUCAGUAUCAUCAUGUCAUCAGGCUCGUAUCAGCGUAUCCCUACCUCUCCAUCCUCUUCCCGCCCUUCCUCACCUCGGAUUUCACGCGACUCGACAGGCCAAGAGAUUCUCGAGGAGGAUGAUAAUGAUGCCCAUCGACCUUUACGAGCCAGCGUUCAAGCUGAAUUCAAUCGACCUCCUCCUGCUUGGUGGAAACGGGCUGGAAUCAUUCUCUUCAUGCUUGUCCUCGGAUGGCUCAGCAUAAGACUUGGAACAAUGAAGAAAUCACCACAGAUCAUCUACGCUUCGAGGUACAGCGAAGAAUUCAAGUAUCGCCCAGCCGCAUCCCCAGUCAUCACUGAAUACUUGAAAGACGGUCGGAUUCGACUACGUGGAGCACAGCCGGGCGGUAUAGGCGUCAGAGAGGAGGACAUGCCUAGAACCCCAGCUCAAAAAGCGUCAGAUGAGAAGAAGCGAAUCCAAGAGGCUAGAGAUGCAGCGAGAGAAAAGCUGGGAUUGAGAAAGGGAAAGAAAAAGUCGAAAAAGAACAAGUCCAGAGGGGUCAAGACGGAGAUAUGAAAUCAAAGCUCUUGACAUUCAUCCAUAUGUAUUCAACAUCACCUUCAAGUUUCAUAGACCCUAUGCAUUUUGACCCCCACCUUCC